GCGUCUGCCAAGUGACAAAAUGUGAAAUGUGAAUGACCGACUACAGCAUUGCGGGCAAAUCAGUUUGUCUGAGUGUGAUGUGGACACCAGCAUCCCGUCUGUCUGCGAGGGCGCGGGGAGGAGGGAUAGGGAGAGCGUGGGGGGUGUGGAAGUGCAGACACUGCGUGCGAAACUCGGGCACCCUUCCUCCCUCCUCCUCUUCCUCUCCACAUGCUCCUUCCCCUCGAACGCAGCUGGAGAAGGAGAAACGGCGGCGGGAACGGGAGCGCGCAAUACUAACCAGCGAGCACAGUAAUGCAGAAGAUGAUGGGAUCAAAUGGAGAGAGAAAGAAAAGAUAGCGUACACUGCUCCAACCAUACCUGGGGAAAAGAAAGACACAUCAGUGCCUUUCCCCCCCUCCUACAGCCCUCAGUAUGUGGAGACGAGCUGGUACCAGUGGUGGGAGAAGGAGGGAUUCUUCACACCUGAGUAUCAGCACAGGCUACCUCAAAGAGUGAAUCGGUCCUUCUCUCUGUGUAUCCCUCCACCCAAUGUGACCGGAACUUUGCACCUAGGCCACGCCCUCACUGUUGCCAUAGAAGAUGCCCUGGCUCGCUGGCGGAGGAUGCAGGGAUACAAAGUGCUGUGGGUCCCAGGGUGUGAUCAUGCUGGCAUCGCUACGCAGGCAGUAGUCGAGAGGAAACUCUUAAAGCAGCACGGAAAACGAAGGCAGGGCUACAGCAGAGGGGAGUUUCUGCAGGAGGUUUGGAACUGGAAGAACGAGAAAGGAGAUGAGAUUUAUCAUCAGCUGAGGAUGUUGGGAGCUUCGCUGGACUGGAACAGAGCAUGCUUCACCAUGGACCCGGGUUUCAGCAGAGCUGUGUCGGAGGCCUUCGUCAGGCUGUGUGACUCAGGCCUGAUCUAUCGCUCUGAGGGGCUCGUCAACUGGAGCUGUGCGCUGGAGUCAGCCAUCUCCGACAUAGAGGUCGAGUCAGUCAAUCUGUCUGGGCGGACUCUACUCUCUGUCCCGGGGUACCAGAAAAAAGUGGAGUUUGGGACCAUGGUCACCUUUGCCUACCCCAUUGAGGGACAGGACGGGGAGGUGCCGGUGGCCACCACACGCCCCGAGACGAUGCUGGGGGAUGUGGCCAUCGCUGUGCACCCUGAUGAUCCCAGAUACCAGUCGCUCCAUCAUAAAGAAUGCAGGCAUCCCUUCACCGACAGGCUGCUGCCCAUCGUCCCUGAUCCCACGGUGGACAUGGAGCUCGGCACAGGAGCAGUAAAGGUGACUCCAGCACAUGACCACACUGACUUCCUGCUCUCCCAGAGACACUCCCUCCCCCGCAUCACUGUGAUUGGAGGAGAUGGGACCAUGACAGCUGACUGUGGCCAAUGGCUGGAGGGAGUGAAGCGUUUCGAUGCCAGGGAGCGUGUGAUCGAAGCCCUGAUGGAGAAGAACCUGUUCAGAGGGAAGAAGGAGCACCCCAUGUCCCUACCUAUCUGCAGCCGCUCCGGAGACGUGGUGGAGCCCCUGCUGAAGAGACAGUGGUUUGUGCGCUGUGCAGAAAUGGCCCAAAGAGCCGUGCAGGCUGUGGAUGAUGGUGAGCUGGAAAUAAUCCCUCACUUCUACACAAAAACGUGGAAGAGCUGGCUGACCAACAUCAGUGAUUGGUGCAUUUCCAGACAGCUGUGGUGGGGUCACCAGAUUCCAGCCUAUCGGGUGUCUUUCCCGGAGACAGCAGGCUCAGAGGAGGAGCUGUGGGUUUGGGGCAGGGACGAGGAAGAGGCCAGGAACAGGGCUGCCGAGAAAUUUGGGGUGACGUCAGAGGCCAUUUCUCUGAGUCAGGACCCAGAUGUCCUGGAUACCUGGUUCUCCUCAGCUCUCUUCCCGUUCGCCAUGCUGGGCUGGCCACAGCAGACACAUGACCUGCAGCAGUUCUACCCCAACAGUCUGCUGGAGACAGGAAGUGACCUCAUUUUUUUCUGGGUGGCCAGGAUGGUCAUGCUGGGUAUGGAGCUGACUGGACAGCUGCCGUUCAAACAGGUCCUCCUGCAUUCCCUGGUUAGAGACAAACAUGGCCGGAAGAUGAGUAAAUCUCUGGGGAAUGUUAUCGACCCUCUGGACGUCAUUUCUGGCAUCUCUCUGCAGCGGCUUCAGGAGAAAGUGAAGGAGGGGAACCUGGACCCCAGAGAAACCACUGUUGCCAUGGAAGCGCAGAGAAGGGACUUUCCCCGGGGAAUUCCAGAAUGUGGCACCGACGCCCUGCGAUUGGCUCUUUGCUCCUAUAAGAUCCAGGGGGAGGACAUCAGUCUGUCUGUCUCCCAGGUCCUGAGUUGCAGGCACUUCUGCAAUAAGAUGUGGCAGACGGUGCGUUUCACACUGAGAGCUCUGGAAGAGACAGACACAGAGCUGAGGACGCUGGCCGAGACCCAUCCCGUCAGCAGCAUAGACAGGUGGGUGUGUUCCAGGCUGCGGAGCUCGGUGCUGCAGAGUGAGCGAGGGUUCGAGAGCUACGACCUGCAGUCGGUCACCGCUGCCCUGCACUCCUUCUGGCUGCACAACCUGUGUGACGUCUACCUGGAGUGCAUUAAGCCCGUGCUGAGCGGGCGAGGGGCGGAGUCAGACGCCCAGGUGCAGAAGGAGCGGGCGAGUGCUCGGGCGGUGCUGUACCACUGCGUGUCCGUCUCUCUCGCCCUCCUCGCCCCCUUCAUGCCGUUCCUCACUGAGGAGCUGUGGCAGCGCCUGCGUGUGUACGCCCCGGACACCCCGAACGCCCAGAACACCCCGGGCGCGCCGGCCGCCAGCCUGUGUGUGCAGCCCUACCCCCAGCCCGGCCUGCUGGCUCACUGGCACUUCCCUCAGGAGGAGGCCGACUUCCCCUUCGUACAGGAAGUUGUCAGAGUGGCGAGGUCACUGCGAGCCCAGUGUCGGAUUACGAAGGCUAAACCCGACAUGUGGGCCGUUUGUUCUCCUGCCCAGGCCCAGACCCUUCUGCACUUUGGCUCUGCUGUUCGAACCCUGAGCCGGAUAUCCAACCUUUACAUCCACUGUCCACUGGAGGGCGAUAACAAGCCCUCACCACUCUCUGGGCCCCCUCCCCCCAAAGGCAGCACAGUUGGAGUGGUUGACCACACCUGUCAGUUACACCUGGACAUACAGGGUGGUGUGGACACAGACAGACAGAGCCUCCUGCUCUCUCAGCGCAGAGAGAGGAUCCUCUCCCAGCUGGAGCAGUGCCUGGCUCGAACCCGAGCGCCCCAGUACGCAGAGAAGGUGCCGGAGCGCGUCAAACGGGAGGCGGAGAACAGGAUCUCUGCCUUAGAACAAGAGCUGAAGAACAUCCAGGACCAACUGCUAGCGCUACAGAGCUUAAAACAACAUGACAGCUGAGAUGGGGGGGGGGGGGGGGGGGGGGGGCUGGCUAAUCCAGUCUGCCAUGGGAGCAAGAGGGAGCUCAAAACAAACGGCCGACAAAGGGAACCCUGCACCGGCACGGCCGCAGCGAGUCAGCGUGGGAAAGAGGGACUUCAUGAGUCCCAUAUGAGUCCCAUGAUGGAUGGAGUGCCGUCAAUCACUGACUCGCAGGAGCCAAUCAGACCCAGCGAAACAUGGUGGCAUCGAUAGAUAGCCGAUUUGAACACGUCAUGGCUCCACUUAUUUUUCAGCCAUGUGGGAUUUUCCACCUGCAGCAGGAGCAUGAACAGGAUUGGACCAAGUGCAGCGGCUCUGUUGUUUCUGACUAAAUGAUCGUGAAGUGAAUGCACAAUAAAUGAUUUAUGUAUUUGGUGGGUUGGGCAUUGUUUUGCUUAUUUUAGUUUAAAUAACGUGUUUUAUUUUUAUUUUCUUACCUGAUACAGUUAUGCAGGGCGAUGUAUAAUGCUUG